AGGCGGCGCCGGGCGCGGCGCAGAGCGGAGCGGAGGAUGCUGCGGGCGGGGGCCGUCGCCAGCCCUGGUCCCGGCCCCCGUCCCGGUCCCGGGCGGGAGGACACCCCGCCGCCCCCCGCCCGCUGAGCCCCGGCCCGGCCAUGGGGGCUCUGACCAGCCGGCAGAACGCAGGGGUGGAGGAAGUGGAUAUCCCCGCUAAUUCCGUCUACAGAUACCCCCCGAAAUCCGGGAGCUACUUUGCCAACCACUUCAUCAUGGGAGGCGAGAAGUUCGACUCCACACACCCCGAGGGGUAUCUCUUCGGGGAGAACAGCGACCUCAACUUCCUGGGGAACCGGCCCGUGGUGUUCCCUUACGCUGCUCCACCUCCUCAGGAACCCGUGAAGACCCUCAGGAGCUUAAUCAAUAUCCGCAAGGACACCCUGCGCCUCGUCAAGUGCUCGGAGGAGGUGAAGACCCCCGGGGAAGAAGUCAGCAAAGCCAAGGUGCACUACAACGUGGAGUUCACCUUCGACACGGACACCCGCGUGGCCAUCACCAUCUACUACCAGGCAACCGAGGAGUUUCACAAUGGGGUGGCCAGCUACAUCCCCAGGGACAACAGCCUGCAGUCGGAGACAGUGCACUACAAGCGGGGGGUGUGCCAGCAGUUCUGUGUGCCCUCCCACACCAUCGACCCCUCUGAGUGGAGCGAGGAGGAGCUGGGCUUCGACCUGGACCGGGAGGUGUAUCCCAUGGUGGUGCAGGCGGUGGUGGAUGAAGGAGAGGAGCACAUCGGGCACUGCCACGUGCUGCUGGCCACCUUUGAGAAGCACAGUGAUGGCACCUUCUGUGUGAAGCCCCUCAAGCAGAAGCAAGUGGUGGAUGGUGUGAGCUACCUCCUGCAGGAGAUCUAUGGCAUUGAGAACAAGUACAACACACAGGAUUCCAAGGUGGCCGAGGACGAGGUGAGCGAUAACAGCGCCGAGUGCGUCGUCUGCCUGUCGGACGUGCGCGACACCCUCAUCCUGCCCUGCCGGCACCUCUGCCUCUGCAACACCUGCGCCGACACCCUGCGCUACCAGGCCAACAACUGCCCCAUCUGCAGGCUGCCUUUCCGAGCCCUGCUUCAAAUCCGAGCCAUGAGGAAGAAGCUGGGUCCCCUCUCGCCCACCGGCUUCAACCCCAUCAUCGCCUCGCAGACCUCGGACUCCGAGGAGCACUCGUCCUCAGAGAACAUUCCCCCUGGCUAUGAGGUGGUGUCGCUGUUGGAGGCCCUCAACGGGCCACUGACACCCUCGCCGGCUGCUCUGCCACUGCGGGCCCUGGGGGACCCCCCGGGCGUGGGGACCCUCCCCUCCUAUGGCAGUGACGGCCCCCUGCCUGCCUUGAGGGCCCUCUCGCCCCUCCAGCGCCUGCCUGACUGCGGCCCCCCGGGGCUCAAGCUGAAGAAGAGCAUCUCCAAGUCCAUCUCGCAGAACUCCUCCAUCCUGCCUGAAGAGGAGGACGAGAAGUCGUGCACCGAGUCGGAGCCGAGGGUCUCCAGGAGGAGAUCCCCGGCCCGGUGCGAGGAGGAAUGUGGUGCGACACCGGAGAGUGAAAACUUCACCCUGUCAUCAUCAGGAGCCAUUGACCAGUCCUCAUGCACUGGGACACCCCUCUCCUCCACCAUCUCGUCCCCGGAAGGUACAGAGCCCGUCAGCAGCAGCCUGGCUCAGUCCGUCAUGUCCAUGGCCUCCUCCCAGAGCCAGCACUCCCAGCUCAGCACAGACACUGUGUCCUCCAUGUCUGGCUCCUACGUUGCUCCUGGCACAGAGGAGGAAGAGGAGGAGGAGGAGGAGGAGGAGGGGGACAUGCUCCCCUCACCUGCAGCCGCAAGUGUCACAGCCUCUGAUGGAGAGUCAACGCCUGUGGAAUCCCCAGAUGUGAACUUUGUCAGCAUCUCUGCCGAGGAGCUCGAUGCUGAGGGCAACGAUGUGCUGGAGGAUGAGGACGCCUCUCCCACGCAGGAAGACGGCCCGAGGACAGGCGCUUUCCUCGGUCUGAGGUGUGACAAUAACAAUGACAUGGGCAUCGCACACGUGAAAGCGCUGGACAAUAAACUGUGCUCUGAGGCCUGCUUACCUGGCUCCUCCGUCCGUGUGAAAGUUCAUGUUCGCUCUGUGCCAACACGGUUUUCUCCACCCACGCUUGUGUCCCCUCCCUGCCCAGAGUUGCACAAAGGUGACAAAUGUAUUGGUGACCCCUGGUCCCUGCACAGGCCAAAGGGAGCAGUGGGCUGGGGACCCUUCCUCAGCCUGUGUGUGGAGAAAUGGGGCAAAAAACCAAGACAAAGCCCUCCGAGGGGUUUCCAUCAAUACAUUUGUGGACAAGCUGAAAGCAACUCUGCCCUUGCCUUGCCCCUUUGCCUAACUUUGUGGCAGGUCCGAGACCUGCAGCAGGUGCUGGAGAGCCGAGAGGGUGGGUGAAACCCACUGGAGGGAAGGGAAAUCCUUUUUUCCCCACUACUCCUUUGGGAAAGCCUCCUCUCCUGCUGCUUUGCCUGUUCCUGGUGGUUUCUGUGCAGGAGAAACACAGCUGAGGCUCUUGGGGAGGAACAUGCUCCUGCCACAACAGUCCUGUGUCCCCUCCAUCACCCUCUGGAAGCAGCUGCCUGAGUCCUGCCCAGGAGGGCUGGGGAGGGAGCUGGGGGGGAUAUCUCAGCAGCACCUCUGCCUUGCUGGGGAGCCUGGCAAAGCAUCCCUUGGCUGUGGCACCAGCCAAAGCCAUCCUUGACUGCAUCCCCCUUGGUUGUGCUGGGGGGAGGAUGAGGGAGCUUUGCAGCCCAAACGGCUCCAGCACAGGGUCAGAUUCUUGCUCUGCUGUGAGGAGUGCACUGGCCGUGUCCCCAGCCUGGGCUGGGGUGCAGGAUCUGGCCCCUGGGACGAGCCCAGCCAAGGAUGGACUCUCCAUCCUUUGGCCACCACGCCAGUCCCUGUGUCCGGCGGCUGUGCUGCUUGGAGCCCUCGGCACGGAGCUGCCCUGCUGCCAGCAUGAGGGGCGAUCCAGCCUCGGCAUUUGCGGGGAAAAGCAGGGAAUUGCUACUCGUGCCAGGGCCAGGGGCAGAGGAGGUGCAGAGCGGGAGCUUUGGGGCUGCCCCUGGUCCCCCGAGGAUGGCAGAGGGGCCAGUGGGAAGAACACCAGUGAUGUUCUCCCCCCCUUUACACUCACUGUAGGACAUGAUGUGUUUUUUCCACAUCAUGAUGGACAGUGAUUAAUGUUUUACAACUUUCCUUUUUCAGAUGUUGUACCAGUUUGUGUAGAUCAGGAUGUUCCAACAGUUUUUAACCAGAGUAAUGUCCAUCCCAGGAGUGGUUGGAGGGAAAGUGUCAUGUAACACGAUGUUGUCGUGUGUGCUCUGGUACAGUUUUUGGUAGAGAAUAGUUGAAGUCACAGCCUGCUCUAUAGCUAAAGUUACAAGUAUGUAGAAUCGAGUGGUUACAAAGCUGUAUCUUUGUCAUCCACUGUUUAAUUAUCACAAGGGGUUCUUAGACAUACACACCCUUGUUCUAUGGAUACUAGGAUGUAUUCAGGAUCAGUGUCAGGAGACAUUUCAAAAUGACAGACACAGCUCUGUGUCCAAACAGGCACCUUGGGCUUUCAAAGUAUUACUUUCACAUAUAAACCCCUGUCAUUGUCUCACCACACAACCAUCUACAUCAAUGAUUUGCUGUGUGUGUAUGAUUGUUUUUAAAAGCCUGUGCUUGAUGUUCUGGUGGAUCAAGCACAACGAUGGGGUGUAUGGUAUAGACUGAAGCAUUGCAUAUUGCUAAGACAAAAGCUGUGGCCUUAUUAGCAAUGAGGAGGUAAGAAAAUCUGAUUAAAGACCACCAGGAUUGAAAUUCCCUUUCAAAUGCAGUGGCAUUAUCCAAAAUUACCUUUGGAAUUUCACUUAAAUUCAAAAUAAAAGUCCAUUUUUCCCUUCUCUGAUUAUCACAGCACUGAUAGAGUGUAGCCAUAACUGAGCUGGCAUACAGCUGAGUGCUGAAGGCACUUUGCUUUGAGCAAUUCCCAGAGCAUCAGUCAGUUGGUUGUUAGCAUUUCGGUAUUUUUCUGAGACAGAAAAGAUAGCUGAAUGUGACACUGUGUGUUUCAGAGAGAGGGUUAGGAAGACCUUAAGGGUUGCUCUGUAGUGCUCAAAUUAUUAAUGGUUGUACCCAAUUUAUUAGCCAGAGUUUCCAGAUCAAUAUUGUUCAAUAUCCCUCUUCCAGUUCCCAAUAUACUGGUUAGAUGUGAAAGGUGAUGACCUCUGGUUUAGUGGGAAAAACCAUCCAGUAGAGGAGGCACCUGUAAAAGGUGAACAUUUUGGUCUGAUAGUAGAAACAUUGGUCUGCAUGGACAUUUCUGCUUUCUUUAAGGAACAAGGAGAAACAAUGUUUGUUGUUGUCCAACCAGUUUGACCUCAUAUGGUCUGACCAGUGAAACAUUUGGGGCAAUUUUAUGGGUUUUGGAGUAGUUUUGGGGGCAAUCAUGGAGAGUGUGCUUAAACCCUCUAGGACGCAGUCAGAUUCUAUAUCAUAAGGAGAUAAGACCAGUUUUGUAUCUUUCAAUUUACAAUCCUUUAGGUUCACAGUGAGACAGACUGGGGGUGUUCCAUAUCCUGUGGUUUUGUUUUGGCUGUAUCGUUCAUAAAAUUUCUAAGGACUUGUACCCAGUGCAUGACAACCCCAUUCACUGAUUUUAGGGGACCUUUGGAGACAGUUACACACUGGCCCUUGAGAUCCUUGGUGUUUGAGAGGCCACGUCUAGGAGAGCUUCCAAGCCAGUGGAAUGAUGUUGAGAUCUGAUAAUUAUAUUUUUGCCUUCUCUGUAAUGGAGAUGUGGUUCCUCAAAGGUGUUGUGAAAUCUCUGCA